AUGGUUCAUGUUCGUCUCGCCAUCGAAGAGGCACCAAGCCACGACACAUAUGCCCUCAACCUCCCUAAGAAAUGGCCUCCCGUAACACGUCCCACCUCCCAACGUCCCAAGCGCGCCCUGCAGAUCUACGACACGACGCUAGGUUCCGAUGACGCAGACCACCUCAAAGCCUUGGCCGGGAAACUGUGCGGCAGACUGAACAUGUGCAAUUCGGACGAGGAGACCCAUAUCGACGUUUGGGGCAUGCCACUUCCUCUCGAGGCACCCGAUGAGGAUAGAGUCGUCAAGUGCCAUGCUCACUCUACGGUCGAAAUUGUCUGGCGGAAGAUUGUUAGUAACGGGGAGUUUCGGGUGCCACCAGGCAAGUUUGUUCCCCAGUGA